AUUCACACAAAGUUUGGCUCCCGCGUUGCGGAGGGAGGGGGCGGCUCUGCCCGGCCCAGCUCUGCCCCCGGCCGGCCCGACCCCGGCCCCGGCCCCCGGACCAGCCCUUAUCUGAUCCCAGCUCCGGGUUUAAGAGUCCCGGCCGUGCCCGUCGCACAGCUCCGCUCCUCGCUCCUGCCCGCCCCGUCCGUCCGUCGGUCUGUCCCGCUGCCCAUCCGAGGGGCCACUCCACCCAGGACCCAAGGGCACCACAAUGGCACCUCUCGAGAGCAUAAGAUCCAUAAUGAACCUGGGGUUCACAGAAGCAGUUGCUACCGUUAAGAAGUUCUGGGCCGGGAGCCAGCAGACCUGGGUUCUCCGCCUGGGCUCCUCUUCACCACUAAUCAACUUGGGGCAAGUUUGAGUCUUAUGGCCAAGGUGUAUUACAGUCAGACCACUCAGACAGAAAGCCGGCCCCUGGUGGGCCCAGGGAUACGACGGCGGCGAGUCCUGACAAAAGAUGGUCGCAGCAACGUCAGGAUGGAGCACAUUGCUGACAAGCGCUUCCUGUACCUCAAGGACCUGUGGACGACCUUCAUCGACAUGCAGUGGCGCUACAAGCUUCUGCUCUUCUCCGCGACCUUUGCAGGCACCUGGUUCCUCUUUGGUGUGGUGUGGUACCUGGUAGCUGUGGCCCACGGGGACCUGCUGGAGCUGGGCCCCCCGGCCAACCACACCCCCUGUGUGGUGCAGGUGCACACACUCACCGGGGCUUUCCUCUUCUCCCUCGAAUCCCAGACCACCAUUGGCUACGGCUUCCGCUACAUCAGUGAGGAGUGCCCACUGGCCAUCGUGCUCCUCAUCGCCCAGCUGGUGCUCACCACCAUCCUGGAGAUUUUCAUCACGGGAACCUUUCUGGCGAAGAUAGCCCGGCCCAAGAAGCGGGCUGAGACCAUCCGAUUCAGCCAACAUGCGGUUGUAGCUGCCCACAAUGGGAAGCCCUGCCUUAUGAUCCGAGUCGCCAAUAUGCGUAAGAGCCUCCUCAUUGGCUGCCAGGUGACAGGCAAACUGCUGCAGACCCACCAGACCAAGGAGGGUGAGAACAUCCGGCUCAACCAGGUCAACGUGACGUUCCAAGUUGACACGGCCUCGGACAGCCCCUUCCUUAUUCUACCCCUUACCUUCUACCAUGUGGUGGAUGAGACCAGUCCCUUGAAAGACCUCCCCCUGCGCAGCGGCGAGGGUGACUUCGAGCUGGUGCUGAUCCUCAGUGGGACAGUGGAGUCCACCAGUGCCACCUGCCAGGUGCGCACCUCCUACCUGCCGGAGGAGAUCCUCUGGGGCUACGAGUUCACACCUGCCAUCUCGCUGUCGGCCAGCGGCAAAUACAUAGCCGACUUCAGCCUUUUUGACCAAGUUGUGAAAGUGGCCCCUCCUAGUGGCCUCCGAGACAGCACCGUCCGCUACGGAGACCCUGAGAAGCUCAAGUUGGAGGAGGCAUUGAGGGAGCAGGCUGGGAAGGAGGGCAGUGUCCUCAGUGUGCGUAUCAGCAACGUCUGACGGCCUGGCCUCCCGCUGCCCCAG